GGUCGGGGGAGCCGCUGGAGCUCCCUGCGAGCCGCUGGAGUUACCGUUACCCGUUUUACUAUGUGUGUGUCUUGUAUUACAGCCAUGCUGCACAUCAGUGGCCAGAGCGAGGGGAGAGGGGAGGAAAAGCCUGUUUACACAGACUGCAAACCGCCUGGGGAAUAAUGCAGGAAAGGAAGUGAGCCGGCUCUGUCUGACUGCUCUGACUUCCUGCUCGCUCUCACACGGGCGCGCACACACACACACACACACACACACACACACACUCCGGCCGAAAAAAAAAAGGGGGGGGGGGGGGAAUCAGGAUCUCAUUACAAGAGCAACAGAGCGUUUGCAGAAGACUGUCAGCAUGGAGAACCAGGGGAUUUUACCCAGCUCCCUCUAAACUACCAGGAGAGAGCGGAAAAGUCCCUCAGCCGCUGGGUAUGGAGAGUGCAAUCACACUGUGGCAGUUCCUUUUGCAGUUGCUGCUAGACCAGAAACAUGAGCACCUGAUUUGCUGGACGUCUAAUGAUGGCGAAUUCAAGCUACUCAAGGCAGAAGAAGUGGCUAAGCUGUGGGGACUCAGAAAAAACAAAACUAAUAUGAAUUAUGACAAGCUGAGCCGAGCGCUCAGAUACUAUUAUGACAAGAACAUCAUCAAGAAAGUGAUCGGACAAAAAUUUGUGUACAAGUUUGUCUCCUUUCCUGAGAUUUUAAAAAUGGAUCCACAUGCUGUGGAAAUCAGCAGAGAGAGCCUUUUGCUGCAGGACAGCGACUGUAAGAUGCCUUCCGAGAGCAGGGAUCAGCACAAGCACAGCUUGUCAGCACUGAAAAGCACAAGCCGUAAUGAAUAUAUCCACUCUGGCCUGUACUCCUCUUUCACUAUCAACUCUCUGCAGAACCAGCCAGACCCUUACAAGCCAAUCAAAACAGAAAAACUGGAGGAGAAGUCAGAGGGAAACACGCCAGUUGAAGAAGUUCGGACUGUUAUAAGGUUUGUGACAAACAAAACAGACAAACAAGUUAUGAGGCCCAUGGUGUCGUUGCCUUCCACUUCCGAAACAGCAGCUGCCUCUGCUUUUCUCAGCUCGUCAGUAUCAGCUAAAAUAUCUUCCUUAAUGCUACCCAACAGUGCCAGCAUUUCAUCUCCAUCAUCAUCUUCCUCCCGGUCGCCGUCCCUGUCUCCCACCUCGCCCCUCCCUGCAGAACACAGGAGCCUCUUCCUUGAGUCCAGUUGCUACGACUCAGAUUCCCUUGAGCCUCUGAACCUCUCCUCGGGCUCCAAGGCAAAAUCUCCAUCUCUUCCCCCAAAGGCUAAAAAACCCAAAGGCUUGGAAAUCUCCGCCCCACCUAUGGUUCUCUCCAGCACCGACAUUGGUUCCAUCGCGCUCAACAGCCCUGCGCUUCCUUCGGGAUCCCUGACUCCAGCUUUCUUCACUGCACAGACCCCAAAUGGAUUAUUGCUGACCCCAAGCCCACUGCUGUCUAGCAUUCAUUUCUGGAGUAGCCUCAGUCCUGUUGCUCCUCUGAGUCCUGCCAGGCUGCAGGGACCAAACACUCUGUUCCAGUUUCCAACUCUGCUAAAUGGUCACAUACCAGUGCCACUUCCCAGUCUGGACGGAGCCUCUUCUCCAGUACUGCUUUCUCCAAAUGCUCAGAAAUCCUGAUGUUGCCUUAUCGCACCAAGGACUUAUUGGUGGAUGUAACACUUCAUUCCUAUGGGCUAGUUUUUCCUGUGUCAUGAGAAGGACAUUGUGAAACCCUCUAUUACUUUGGUUUGCACUUUUCAUUACAUGGAUAAUCUACUUUUAUUAUGUUAGCAUUUUUAAACAGUGUUUAUAUAUAAAAGUAUAUAUAAAUCUGUUUUGCAUUAAAUGAAUUAUAAUUUUUUUAUAUCAUAGCUCUCAAGUGUUGAACACUUCUGUUGUUGAUGAAGUACUUUUCUUAAUGGAUUGCAACAAUGUAUCUAAUAAGGAUGUGAAGCUUCUUUCUAAUCCCUUUUCCUGCAUAUUACGCGUUGUGCUUGUGUAAACUAUAACCGGCUGUGCCUUCUUUUGCAUAAUUGUCAUGUAAAUGAUUUAUAUAUUUUCUAGUAUUAAGAUAAAAAGUUGAAAGAAAAAACUAGUAUUGAACAGCCCUAUGGUAGUAUUUCAGUAUUCUCCAUGGAUAGGCCGUAUGUCGCAGUGUAUUCAUGUAACUUUGUAUUAAGUGCUUUCAAAUUGUAUAAAAAUAGCCUUAUAAUUUUUCUUUGCUGAAGUGGAAAACGUAAUCAACGUUACAGUCAGAAGAUGCAUUUAGGAGUAACAAAGCCACAUUUACACAUCUAUGCCCAAGUUCUUCUGUUGAGAUGCAACAGGGAGGACCUGGGCUGUGAAUAUUAAUGAGAUUUCCAGCAUUUGAGAACACUCCUGUAGAAAAAAGGAGACGUUACUCAGAAUUUAUUCGGCCUGUACUUCUUAAGGUCAACAUAACAGCUGGAAGGACUGCAGGUAAUCUCUGUUUUCCCAGGGAAUGAGGAUCAUUCCCGAUAGAGAAUUACCAGGUGCUUUGUUCAGUCGUGCCAAGUGCCUUCUAUAAUUCCCCUGGAAAGCUGAUUCUUGUUACUAAAGCUCAGAAGGUCAUAUUUCCCCUUCCCCCAAAGCUGGAAAAGUUACAGGACUGUAAAUUAAUGCCUGGUGCUUGUGAAGAGGUAUACUGUACAUGUGGGAUGUUUAUGUAUAAACAUCUGAAUUCUGGAUUAAAAAACCCAGCACUGUGUUACUAUAUACUUGCAACUUGAAUUUACUGGGCAUGUCCUCCACCUUGAGGUGAUGGUUUAGUCAUCUAAAUGUCAGGUUAGGAUUAGGCUAGACUCGCUGGCACCACAGAUUCUAAUCUUGGCAGGGCUGAUGCAAAUCUUCAGUUUUCUGAGGUGGCUAAAUUGGGCUGAAUGCAGCUUUACCAUGUAGGUUUUUCAGAUGAGACCUUCAAAAACCAAAUCAAAAUCAGAAUCCUGUUUGCUACAGGUCAUUAGAGCUUCUACUUUGCUUUCUCUGCCAAGCAGCUGGCUAAAAGUCCACUCUUGAAAUUUAUGCAGUGAGUUGUCUGCCGAUUUUCUGCUUGGAUGCAUUUCAGUGAUGAUGUGUGUAGUUAAUUGUAAAGUGCUUUUGGAUCCUUCAACCUGAAAGGUGCUAAAUAAACAUUUUAUUAAUGCA